AUGGCUAACUUUGCUCCCCCUCAGCGCCGCGAAGCAUUCGAGGUCGCCGUGGUGUGCGCUUUACCUCUCGAAUACGAUGCAGCCACGCUGAUAUUUGAUGAGUUUUGGGACGAGGACGGCGACCGCUUCGGAAAAGCCCAGAAUGACCCGAAUAGCUACACUACCGGGCGCAUGGGACGCCACAACGUUGUUCUAGCAUUGCUUCCCAACAUGGGCAAAGUCGGAUCGGCAGGAGCAGCUGCAGCUCUGCGCUCUAGCUAUACGGGAUUGAAGAUUGCCAUCCUGGCCGGCGUUUGCGGUGGCGUUCCCAGUCAUGGAGGCGAGGUUAAUGGCAUCGUUCUUGGAGACGUUGUGGUUAGCAAACGGGUCGUCCAGUUCGAUCUUGGACGACAAUACCCAGACAAGUUCACCCGCAAGGAUACCGUUGACGACAAUCUUGGUCGGGCUAGUUUGGAUAUCCGUUCUUUAAUCGGGAUUUUCGAGACCGAGUUUGGACUGGGUCGGCUUGAGGACAGAGCACUCGACGUUCUUGAUUCUAUUCAACAGAAGGCCAUUGUCAAGCGCCGUCGAACUCGCGACUCAGAAACUCAACUUCCUCGGCUUCAUGUCGGCAACGUAGCCUCUGGCGACACCGUCAUGAAGUCUGGAGAGCAUCGCGACAGACUCGCUAAGGAGCAUAAUAUCAUCGCUUUCGAAAUGGAAGGUGCUGGCAUGUGGGAUCAAAUCCUGUGCGUUGUCGUGAAGGGAGUUUGCGACUAUGCAGAUAGCCACAAGAAUAAAAGGUGGCAGCCUUAUGCAGCCAUUACGUCUGCAGCCGCUACGAGGGCCAUUUUGGAUCGGUACAUCCAACAAGACAAGCCGAUUGCUGUAGAUGAAGGUUCUCCCGGUGGUAGACACACCAUCAAGUUCAACAACACGGGCUCUGGAACUCAGAAUAACAAUACUGGCAGCGGGAAGCAGUAUGUCGCAGAAAGCAUGAGUUUUUGA